UUCAUUCAAAUUAUCAUCUACUCCACUCGCAAGUCGCAAGAUUGAACGUUUUAUUUUUAGACAAAAGCAAAAUCAAAAGCUACAUGCCUUGGGCUCGGAGAUGCGGUGCAUGCACAUGUCAGGCAGGUGCAGGUCCAUGUGGCAUACAAGUACACCACCAAAUCAUCAUAAGGCUGUAAACAAAGCAAGAAUCUCAUCACUACUAAAAACUGGAUGCUUGUAGAUAGAAUGCAACUGGCCAUUCAUCCAUUGACACCACAAGAUUUCUGCGCCCGCCACCUUAAAUCCUACUCACACAAACUUCACCGGCUAAGCAUCACAAAAUUCUUUCCCACGCCGGACAAUGGGCUGCACUUCCUCCAAACGGGUCAAGUCCACCGUCGAUGUCUACCAUCCACCGCCAUCAAGCUUCGCCGUCUUCAACAUCAACGCCAUAGAUGAGCCAUGGGUUGUGGUCGAACAUUCACAGAAUCAACACCAAGAGAAGCCCGCUCGCCUUCCACCUCCCAUUCUUGACAAGCUCAAUACCUUUGAAUCUGAUGUUCCUCACUCUUGGGACGAAAUUAGCAAAGCCCUCGAUGAUCUCAAGCCUGCAAUUAACGACGUUAGCAAGAAAUCCCCACCGAAGCCGCCUGCACAAGUAAUUAGCAAGCUGCAAAACACACGAAAGAGCUCCUCUUUUCAUACCCUGGAGGAGCUCGACGCUAAAUUGUCUUCAAAACAGGCUAAAACAGAGUUGAGAAAGACAGAGUCGAUGCGAAAUGAGUUAGAGAAAGCAGAGGUAGACAAACCGAUGUCUCCAGAAGCGGCGCCACGAGUAGUUACUGAACCAGUGGGGUUUAAGUCGGUGAAGGACAACAUAUUUCUAGUUCGGGACAGGCAGGAGAGGGAAAAAGAAGGGAAGAUGGUGAAGAGGGAUCCGCUGAGUGAGUUCCCGGACAAGUGUCCUCCGGGUGGAGCGGAAUCCGUGGUGGUGUACACGACGUCGUUGAGAGGGGUACGGCGGACGCACGAGGAUUGCAGCCGCGUGAGGGGGAUAUUUGAAGUACAAGGGGUGGUGGUGGACGAGAGGGACGUGUCGCUGCACGGUGAGUAUCUGAAUGAAUUGAGGGGAAUGUUGGGGGAGGAAGCGACGGUGCCGAGGGUAUUUUUGAAGGGAAGGUAUUUGGGGGGAGUGGAGGAGUUGGUUGAGCUGGACGAAACUGGGCGGCUUGGGAGGUUGCUGAGGACGGCGAGAGUGGAGAGAGGGGUGGAAAGGAUGGUUUGUGAAGGGUGUGGGGGGGCAAGAUUUGUGCCGUGCCUGGAGUGCAACGGGAGUUGUAAGGUGGUGGUGGAUGAUGGAGAUAAGAGGGAGAGGUGCGGUAAAUGCAAUGAGAAUGGAUUGGUCCAUUGCCCAGCUUGUUUCUAAGCUUUUGUUGGGUUUGUGGAGUACUGGUAGUAUAGCUAAUGGGUUGUUCCUGUUUUUGAGUACACAAGCAUAGUGAUUAGAGAAUAUAAUUAUGUAUUCUCAAUAUUUGUUUGCACUUAAUGGUAUGUAUGAAUAAAGUGAAGGGCAAGGC